AUGUGGAGCAGGUUUGGGUGCGUGAGACUGAUGGGACAGAAGCUCAGGAUUCAGUCUGGAGCUCAGAGUGAUGAUGAUGAUGACGACAGUGGUGAUGAAGAAGAUGAAGAUUUCAUCCCUCCAGAUGAUAAAGGCUGUUUAUCUUCUGAUGGAGAGACAGACUUAACAUCAAAAGAGCAGCUGACGGUCAAGAGUUUCUCCUGCAGCACCUGUGGAAAAACACUGAGUUCAGAGGGCCAUUUAAAGAGACACGAGAGAAAACACACAGAACAGAAAAGCUUUAGAUGUAGGAGAUGCAAAAUCAGCUUUCCUACCGCAGAAGAGAGGAGAAUUCAUUCAAAAGAGCACAGUGGGAAGAAGGAGUUUCACUGUGAACAGUGCGGGAAGGUUUUUUUCAUUCAUUCUAGUUUAAAAGUUCACUUAAAGACUCACGGUGAAAAGUCUUUCCACUGCAGUGAAUGUGACAAGUAUUUCAGCACCAAAGCAAAUCUUGUUGUUCAUAAGCGAAUCCACACGGGAGAAAGACCACACAAGUGUCCUCACUGCGAGAGAAGAUUCAAUUAUGGAUCUAAUCUAAAGAAACAUAUACGUUUCCACACUAAUGAGAGACCGUAUCAGUGCAGUGAAUGUGGGAAAACCUUUACAAACUCAAGCUCUCUAAAGUCACACCAGAGAAUCCAUUCUGAUGAGAAACCGCUUCAGUGCAAACACUGCGACAAACGAUUCCAUCAUAUUAAUAGUUUGAACAUUCACGAGAGGACACACACCGGAGAGAAACCAUAUCUGUGCGCCCACUGCGGGAAGAGCUUCUCUGAUCCACGUACUUUUAAAUUGCAUAAGCGAGUCCACACCGGAGAAAAACCAUAUCACUGCAGCAUCUGUGGGAAGAGUUUCGGUAAACAUGGUACAUUUCGAAACCACAAGAGGACUCAUACUGGAGAAAGACCGUUCAAAUGCUCACAGUGUGAAAAGACGUUUGCUCGAUCAGAUGUCCUUAAGGUCCAUCAGCGAGUUCAUACAGGAGAGAAACCUUACUCCUGCUCCAUCUGCGGCGAGAGAUUCGCUUAUUUUGGUAGUUUUCAGGCCCACCAGAACAAACACGCUAAAGAACAAACUACUCCAGAAUCAUCAGAGUGACUUUCAUCAGUCAAUCUGGGAAAGAAAUCUUGUUUGGCUCGUCCUGAAAGUGUUCAUUGAGUUCUUAUUGCCAGUAGGUGGCAGUGAACUUUUUAAUGUUGUGGACUGAUCCAAGUGCUGUAUAUAAUGUAAUGUUUGACUGAGUAGAGCAAUAAUUUUAAAUCAGACAGAACUAUUAAAAAUCAUCCAAAUAAAAUAAUACAAUAAUAUGAUUGCCUAGGUUUCAUAAGGCAUGUUUUAUGUGGUGAAAUGCAUGAUGGAAAGUCAUUGGCCUAGUGAAUAGAGAGUUGGACUCCUAAUCCUAAGGUUGUGGGUUCGAGUCUUGGGACGGCAAUACCACAUCUGAGGUGCUCUUGAGCAAGGCACCGAACCCCAAACUGCUCCCCGGGCACCGCAGCAUAAAUGAUGCCUGUGCAUGUGCGCACACUUUGGAUGGGUUAAAUGCAGAGCACAAAUUCUGAGGGUCACCAUACUUGGCUGAAUGUCACUUCACUUUCACUAGCAAAUCACUCUGCUUUUUCAUUGCUGGACUGGUUUCUUUUCAUCAAGAACGAGCCAUGGUUUAUAAACUAUCCAUUUCGUCACUGUUCUUCAAGAGCUUUUAUGUGUAGUGUAAUGUUGGCAGAAACAAAUCCACUGAAAGGAAAAGUUUGUUGGUUUUGUGGCAGCUACUUGAACUUCACUGUAAUGUCAAAUAGAAUUAAAGAUCAGAUAGAAUUAAUUUGUAUGUUUAUAAUAUUUGGAAUUAUGACCACACAAAACUGUCACGGCUUCUUUUAGCAGUUUUAAUAUUGCCACAUCAUGGCUAGAAAUGACAGUUUUUUUUUUACUUUAAUUUGCAUAAGAAAGUCAAAGUCCAUUUCAAGUAGAGUUUGUCAAGCUAAUAUUUCAAACAUCAGAGACGAACUGUGCACUGAAAUCGCAUACUGUGAGUAGGAUGUACAUUUG